AUGGGUUAAGCAAAUUCAUAAAACUUAUAAUAAUCAAAAGUGGAUGUUCCUAAGAUUAAUUAAUUGUAAUUUUGGAAGUAAUCUACAGAUAUCCGAUAUGGAGAAAUAAGAAUAUUCAAAACUUAAGACUAACAUGCAGUAGCUGUUAAAGAUCAUAUUUUUUAAGAUGAUGAAUAAUGGAAUUAAUUUAAAAUAGUUUAAGAAAAACAAAUGGGAAAUGUAAUAUAUUAUAAUAAAUAAAAUAUAGAAGUAGAGUACUCCUUUCUUAAUUUAAAUGAUUGAUUUAUAACAUGUUACAGAAAAGGAACUCUGCACUUAAUUAACUUAAGCUCAUAGUGUAUAUGAAUAUUUUGAUGAAUACUUGGAGAGAGUUAUAAAUGAAUUAAGUGAAACAAAAUAAUAUUUUGAAGAAAUUGAAAUAGUUGCUAUGCUACAUUGUACAGUAAUUGAAUUAAAAAUAUAAAUUAGUUAAUGGCAUUAUAAAGAUUGAAUGAUUAAUAAAAAUAGCAUGGUGAUAUACGACCUUUAACUAUAAGUGCAACAUCUUAUGCUAAAAGAAGUUAAUUUCGUUAGAACCAUCCAUUUUCAGUUUUUAAAUUAACUGAUAUUUAAGAAAUGACAGAUAUGAAUGCAUAUAGAAGAUGCAUAGCUAAAUAAUAAGGUUAGUAUAAUUUAAGUCCUGAAUAAUUGUCAUCACUUAAAUAGAAAGUCUUAAGACCAAAUAUUGAUUAAAAUAAAUCAGACGUAUUUUGUAUUGGUUUAACAUCAUUAUAAAUGGCCACUUUAAGUUUUGUUUAAGAUAUUUAUGAUUUGUAAAGCUAUACUUUUAAUAUGGAAAAAUUGGAUGAUCAUUUAUUUUUUCUGAAAUCUUAAUAUAGUUCUGAUCUAUAUGAAAUAGUCGAAUCUUUGCUUAUAAUGGCUCCUGAUAAUAGACCAAAUCCUAAAUAAGCUCAUGAGCUAUUGCAUAAAUACAGAUUUUAAUUGGAAGAUUAUUUUAGAGUAAUUUUAUGUAAUUUAGUUAUAUUAGUCCUCUACAAUUUCAGAAUUUAUACCAACUUAUUCGAUUGAUUUUAAAGAAUAGAGUGGAUUUUUUAUUCAGAAAUAAAGACUUUCUGAUUAAUAAUAACAUUCAUUAUAAAAUUAAGAUCCAAACAAUUUAUAUCAUUAAGUUGAAAAUCUUGAUUAAAGGGCUAGAAUAGUAUUAAAAAGAAGUUAGGAUGCUUAAAUAAGAUUUUAAAAAUCACCAUCAAAAAAAUUUUAAAUACCUAUUCCUAAUUGGGAACCUACUAAAAGCUUAUAAUAAUAUUCAAAUUUAUAGCCAAUUACUUUAUAAGAGAUUCUUCCCUUAUAAAAUAAACAAAUGAACAUUUAAAGUGAUUAAAUUAUUAUUCAGGAUCCUCCUUCUAAUAGACAAUCUUUUUUCAAAAAUUUAACUAACCCAUAAUAAUAUUAAUAACAAAAUUUUAAUGAACAUGAAUAAAUAAUACAUAAUGAUGAUGAAUAUGCAUAUAAUCAUCAAGAAAUAGAUGAACAACCAAAAUAAAGUUUAGUUGAAUAAGUUGAAUUAACUAAUUCAAAUUUAAAAACUCUUCAAUAAAAACCUAUAACAAAUUAGUAUGAUAAUAAUUUAUUUUAAUAAUAAUCAUUAUUUCAAUCAAUUAACACUGAUUAAAAGAAAUAUCCAUAAUAAUAAUAAUAACAAUAAUAAUAAUAAUAAUAUUAAUAAUAAUAAUAAUAUUAAUAUUAAUAUUAAUAAUAAUAAUAAGAAUAAGAAUAAUAAUAAUAAUAAUAAUAAUAAUAAUAAGAAUAAGAAUAAUAAUAAUAAUAAUAAUAAUAAUAAUAAUAAUAAUAAUAAUAAUAAACAUAUUCUUAAUUUUAAUAAUAGUCUUACUAAUAUUCAAAUUAAGUAUAAUCCAAAUAAUUAUAAAACAUAGAAUAACAAUCCUAAGCUCGAUCUUCAACUUACAAUUAUCCUUCAAAUUAAAUAAAUGAGAGUGUAAAUGAUCAUUAAAGAUCUCCUUAUGCUUUAUAAUAAAGAUAAUCUUUAGCAUUAUCAUAAGAUAAAGUGAUAACUUAAUAACUAACAGGUCAAUAAGUGGAGCAAACACUUUAAAAUCUUCAAAAUAGAUAAUCAAUUCGCCAAGAUUCAUUUGGUGCAGGAUAUUAAAGACCAUUAGAAGUUCCAAAAUCUCCAGAAAUAGAGCCAAAGAAUAUUUUUCCAUAAUUUGAAUAGGAAAAGUUGCCUUAAUAAAAUUAAAGAUCUCCAAUAUAGCCUCUAUAAAGAAUUGAUGAUGAUGAAUAAGAUGCAAAUUAUAAUCCACAUUUAACUGAAUCAAAUGAUUCUCAAUAAGCAAUAUCUAUAUAGAGUAAACCAUAAAGUAUGAGAGGUACAAUGGUUGGUAGUUAAACAUAGCUAAAGGUUCCUCCAUCUGCUGCAUCUAGGCAAUAACGUCCUACAGUUUAAAAGUAACAAAAUAUUUCAUAGAAAAAUAUUUAUAAUCUAUCAUAAAAGAAAAGCAGUAAAAUAAUAAAAAAAUGA